AUGGAAAGGCAAAAUCGUUCUAACAAACAAAUUAAAAGGAUGAAAUCGAGAAAGUCACAUUCGUGGUGGUGGGAGAGUCAUAUCAGUCCCAAGAGUUCUAAAUGGUUUUCCAAAAAUCUUCAAGAGAUGGACCGUAACGUGAGGCAAAUGUUGAAGCUGAUUGAAGAGGAUGGAGAUUCAUUUGCACAAAAAGCUGAAAUGUAUUAUCAGAAGAGGCCAGAAUUGAUUUCUCUUGUUGAAGAGUUCUACCGUGGUUAUAGAUCUUUGGCUGAACGUUAUGAACAUGUUACAGGUGAAUUGUCGAAGAACAUGCCUUCUGAUAUUCAAUCACAAGCUUCAUGUGUUUCAGAUAAUGGUUCUGAUCCACCUUCAACUUGGCCAUCUCCUUCUCCAAGAAAAUUGGGUCGUCGCAUAUCUAGCAACCGUGCUGCAGGGUUUGAUUUCUUUCUUGGUUCUGGUGGAAAUGGUUAUGAUGCAAACCAAAAAGAUUAUGGAGAUGGGUCUUCUACUUUGACAGAUUCUGAUGAUGAAUUUGAUGAUGCUUCAUCUAUGAAUAGUUAUUCAGGUUUCUUUGGAAAUGGAACAGAUCAUGCCAUGAACAAAAGGAUAUUGGAAUUGGAAAUUGAGUUACGUGAGGUAAAAGAAAAGCUCUCCAUGCAUGAGGAGGAACGUGUGGAGGGUUCAUCUAAGGGGAUGAUAAGAAUUGAUAAUGCUGAAGAUGUUCGUGCCAAGAUUAAUGCAUAUGAAGAAAAGUUAAGGCUUUCAGAAGAGGAAAUCACUAAACUGAAGAUUGAGCUUGAAAAAUACAGGUCAAUGAAAUCAGGAAAUUUGGAGGGUGGUACUGAAUUAUCAUCAAGUGAAGAAGAUAUCAAGACACUUGGGGAGGAGCUAAGAAUCACAAAAGAAAAAUUUGAGUCUUCAGAGAAGCAAAUUGCUUCUUUGAAAUUUGAUGCCAGAAAAUCAUGUGAAAGCAUUCAGCAAUUGCAGGAUCAACUUAAAUUGGCUCAGAAGGACAUUGCUACUUGGAAAACAAAAUUCAAUUCUGAGAAAAGAGAGAGUACUAAACUCCAAGAAAGACUUGGGAGGUUGAAAACUAGUCUAGCAGAUAGAGAUCAUAAGAUAAGGGAUUUAAAAGCUGCUAUUGAUGCAGAACUAAAAAUCUUCUUGGAGAAAGUGCAGUUGAAGUCUGAAGUAUCUAGAUUGUUGGGGGAACAGACACGUUUGGAGGAGAAGAUAAAAGAAUUGGAAUGCCAUGGCCAAUCUUUGGAAGAGGAUAUUAGAAAGAUUCACUUUGAAAAUUUAGAGAUGGAGGGUGAAAUUGAGCUCUUAAAGGUAGAUAUUAAGGACAGAAAGAACAACUUAAAAGAUCUCAAUGUAAGCCUUGAUGCUUUAAAGUUAGAAAGAGAUAAUCUCAAUGCAAGAGUUAAGCAACUAGAGGAAGAGAUUGAUAAGCAAAGGAUUGAGAUCUUAGAAGGAGCUGAAGAGAAACGUGAGGCUAUAAGGCAGCUAUGCUUCUCACUUGAGCACUACAGAAAUGGUUAUAAUAAGCUUCGGCAAGCUUUCAUAGGGCACAAGCGGAUUCCAGUUUUGGUGUCCUAA